UUGUAUUAUAAAAUAUGGAAUCCAUGUGUAAGCCAAACACUCCUACAAUCCACUUUAACAAUUUGUUGGAACUGUUUUAUGACGAAGCUAAAAAACUAAGCUGAAAAUUUUAAAGUGAAACCCUUCCAAACAAUCCCUUUCAUUUUAUUAGCUCCCCUUACAUUAUAUUAGCUCCUUCGUAGGGCACUAGACCUCUAGUGACUUUGUCGCUGAGAUUCCAGAAGUUCCACUCCCGAAGCUGGUUCCUCAAUGAGCCGUGUAAUUGGUGAGAUACAGAAGUUGCUCCUAGAGCGGAUCAGUACGGAACACACCCUAACUUGGCCAGUGGGUAAUAAAAUAAUUUUGCUGUAGGUUCUCCCGAUAUUAUGAUGAAAAAGAACUGACCAAUUGCCCUCGGUGCAUCUCAUGUGAAGAGCCUCGAUCAGCAGUAACCACGCAUCAAACCAUUAACUCCCUGUCCCCAUAGGCUGGCUAGAUGCAGCUCCGUUGACGUGCAUUGCACGGUGGUCGAGCUGAAGCUGACUUCGGAAUCCUCGUCCGCGCGCAAGUGGGUACAAACCCUCCCUCACCUCCGGUUUGCAUCUCCAGACAGCCGGCCAGUCUUGGCCAGACCAGAUACUGGUAAACAAAUCAUCAUCGUUUCCAUUCAUGUUUGGGAGGGAGAUAGAUUCACCACUCGAGAUCCCCGUCGUCGUUUCCAUGUCUGUGACAGUGAGCCGCUUGCCGACCUGGAGAGGCAACUCGCGCGCUGAGCCCAACGCAAACGCACGGCUUAUCAUCAUGCCGCCUUCGAGUUCGUUCGAGAUCAACAGCCACAAUCAAGCCACUCCGCCGGCAGCCAACCAUCAUAAGCGAUGGUCAAACCCAGCGCCGUCUCCCGGCCUUGCUUCCUCCUCGUCACCGCCGCAGCGUUGUGGGCCUUGACGCUCUACCUUCGCCUGCUCGCCCUCAUGAGCGUGCCCGUCGCGUUCACGGGGCGCGUCGCGUCGUUCGUCCCUGACGACACGACGAAUGCCAGCGUCGCCGGCGACGAUCCCUGCCGCGGCCGGUACCUCUACGUCCACGACCUGCCGCCGCGGUUCAAUGCCGACAUCGUCCGCGGCUGCGCGGAGGCCAACGACCGGUGGCAGGACAUGUGCGAGGACAUGCGCAACGCCGGCCUCGGGAGGCCUCUCUCCGGCGGCGCGCUCACGGGCGCUCGCGGGUGGUACGCCACGCACCAGUUCGCGCUGGACGCCAUCUUCCACGGCCGGAUGCGGCAGCACGGGUGCCUCACCAACGACUCCUCCGCGGCGGCCGCCGUGUUCGUCCCGUUCUACGCCGGCUUCGAGUUCGCCCGCCACGUCUGGGGGUACGACAGCGCGGCGAGGGACGCCGCCUCGCUGGACCUCGUGCGCUGGCUCGUGCAGCGGCCCGAGUGGCGCAGGGCCGGCGGCCGCGACCACUUCCUCGUGGCGGGGCGGACGGGGUGGGACUUCCGCCGCGACCGCAACUCCACCUGGGGCACCAACCUUUUCCUGCUCCCGGCCGUCAAGAACAUGACCUUCAUCGUCGUGGAGACGGCCACCAUGGGCUGGGGCAACGACAUGGCCGUGCCGUACCCUACCUACUUCCACCCACGCACGGACUUCGACGUCCUGAGCUGGCAGCAGAGGAUCCGGAACUCGGACCGCUGGUGGUUCAUGUCCUUCGUGGGCGCGGCGCGGCCCAGCGACCCGCGGUCGAUCCGGUCGCAGGUCAUGGCCCAGUGCGGCGCGUCGCCCGCGUGCCGGCAGCUGGGGUGCGCCUUCGGGAGCGCCCAGUGCCACUACCCGGGCGACAUCAUGGUGCUGUUCCAGAGCUCCACCUUCUGCCUCCAGCCGCCGGGGGACUCGGCGUCGCGGCGCUCGACGUUCGACGCCAUGGUCGCGGGAUGCAUCCCCGUGUUCUUCCAGCCGCGGUCGGCGUACCUCCAGUAUAGGUGGCACCUGCCGAGGGACCACGCCACGUACUCGGUGUUCAUACCGGCAGAAGACGUGCGCUCGGGGAAUGUGAGCGUUGAGGCGGAGCUGAGGAAGAUACCGCCGGCAGCAAUAGAGAAGAUGAGGAAGGAGGUCAUCAAGCUCGUGCCAAGGCUGCUCUACGCUGACCCGAGAUACAAGCUCGAGACGAUGAAGGAUGCGUUCGACGUCACCGUGGAUGGCGUCUUAGAGAGAAUGGCUGAAACAGACGACAGCCAGACAGGGUCCUACUGGCGGUGAACACCAGUAUAGAGGCAACUUGUGGAUACUAUAUAUUGGGCAAGAAAUCAUUCGAAUUUCUUAUACAUCUUAGGUUUCUCUUGAAGGUGGUUUAGGGUCACGGAUUGAGUAACAAGCGCCUCUCCUUGUAACUUUGUUGGGCAACCUUAAGCUAUAGUAAUGACAGCCUAUUGAAUUCGGUGCUGGUAGGCGGCGUAGAGGAAGACAACGACAACAAGAUAUGGAGAUGUCAACGACCAUGAUAUGCAAGACGACUUCCCAAGUCCCAACCGAAGGCUUGUUGGGUUAUUCUAAUUCUACGUAGGUUUAAGUGUAUUUGAAUGAUUUAGAAUAUAUUUUGAUUUACGAUAAA